AUGUCCGACUCCAACAACCCAACCCUGAUCGGCGGGCACGCCCAAUACGUCAAAGGCCAAGCAGAGGUAAUCAAACAAAACAGAGUCCGAAGGAAACAGAUCUCCCUCUCGCUAAUGUAUGGUAUUGAAAUCGAACAGGCGACCGUCGGCAGCGUCACUGGCUCCGCCGAAUGGCAACAGAGCGGCGAGCACGACAAGAAAGCGGGUGUCGACGCCAUGAAAGCCGCCAGCGCCAACCGAGACCCCAACGCCACUGGAUUUGGAAAGGCAGAAGAGCUGGCGGGAAAGGCAGUGGGAUGCGAGGGCAUGGAGGAAGAGGGAAAGCAGAGUAAGACGGAACAGUAG